AGCAAUGCUUCACAUCCUCUGGUACCUUCUUUCAUGUCUGUUUGAAGAUUUCCCAUGUCCAGAGACAGCAGAAAUUCUCGAAUUGGCCUUCGAAACCUUUAUCUCCGCCUCGUUCUUUGCGGAUCUCUCUUGGAAGCAAACGGCGGCAGCGAUUGCUGAGCGAUUAGCGCAGCUUCUCCGGAGCCCUGUUCAUCUUGCAAGGGCAUAUACUCGCAAGGCUUCCCUCUCCAGGCUAUUCGGCGACACUCACUUACCUCCGCCGAAAAUAAUACCCCCUCCCGCCAUCAAUGAACGCACAAACGCUUGGUUUGGACAGCUCAUACUAUCCGCGGCUCAAGAAUUAAUUAACAAAUCAACUCCCACGGAACACAUCAUUUCAAUAUUUUGCGGCUUCCGUCCAUUGCACCCAGAUCGGCCGUCGCAUCAGGAGAGUCUUAUUCUCCUAGAUACAUGAUUCCUGGUUGCCAAAAGCCUUCGUUUUGAGGGUAGAUUUUGCGAGGCUGAAAGCGUAUUUAAUGAUGUGCUUACUCGCGCAAAUACACUCCGUGCUCGAAUAUCGUGGAAAGUGACUUCUCACCUAGGCGAAGUCCAGACCGAGAACAGGCCUUGCCAUAACGCGAUUACGAUGCUGCAGAACGAUCUCAUAGAACUCGAAAAGUACUAACCGUUAGAACAUGGAUCCGGAAAACGGUUACGUCUGGCCCUUGCGAACUGCUACCUUAUGAACCUUCUCUGGAAUUUGAGGUCCUAUUUUCAUGCCCCU